AUGGAUGUUAAGAAUCUAUUAGCAUCGUUUAUCUCUGUUGCUUUUGCAGCGGCUGCAUCAACUCUAAUUAUCAAUUACUAUUUUGAAAGAGAGAACAAUGAAAAGAGAAAACUAUUAUCUGAACGUUUAAGUGGUCAUCCAUUAGGUUCAUCAUUGUCAAGAUUGGAUUUGAAUCAACAUGAAAUAGAGGUUCUGGCAUGUUUGAUCAAUCCCAGAGAUAUUGCAUCGACAUUCGAUGAUAUCGGUGGCCUCGAUGAUAUCAUACAGGAUGUAAAGGAUACGAUAUUCCUACCGUUGGAGCAACACGAAUCCGUGGAUAUGUCGCAGUUCACGCUGCCCAAGGGCAUACUGCUGUACGGUCCACCGGGCACAGGCAAAACAAUGCUCGCCAAAGCCAUAGCAAAGGAAUCCGGUUACUUCUUUUUGAACAUCAACGACUCGCUCAUUGAGAGUAAGUUCUACGGUGAGACCGGUAAGCUCUUGACUGCCAUCUUCACACUUGCCGAGAAGCUUCAACCCGUUAUUGUUUUCUUUGACGAAAUCGACGGUAUCGUUGGUACACGUAGUGCAACUACAACAGAUUAUAACAUCAGUAAGAAAUCUGUAUUAUUACAAUUGUGGGAUGGUAUUAAAGAUUCAAAGAUUAUCAUCAUUGGAGCAACCAAUAGAAUAAACGCAAUCGAUGAAGCAUUCUUGAGAAGAAUGCCAAAGAGAAUUAGAAUCAAUUUACCAGAUGUGACUAGCAGAGAGAAUAUUUUAAGAAAGAUGUUGAAAGAUAGACAUGAUCCAAACUUUGAUUUCAAACUAUUAGCACAGAAAACACAAGGUUAUUCAGGAUCAGAUUUACAAAAUUUAACAAGUGAAGCUUUAAAUCUUGCAUUAAGAUCAGCGAUUAAAUCAAAAGAGAGAAUUGAAAUAAGGGUUACUCAUGAACAUAUUAAUAGAGUGGUUCAGAAUCAGAUAAAGAACAACAGUCAUAUUCAAACUGAAACCGUUGUAGCAAAUGAUUAA